AUGGGCACGUGGUACGGGUACGCCAGUUUCGGUACCGAGUCUAUCCAAGGCAAGGGCAAGUGUGUGACUGCUAGAUACUCCUACAACACUUCACUACAACACGUGGACGUAUACAACUGGCAGAUACCCAGUCCAGGGUACAGAAGCAGCAUCAACGGCUCAGCAGUGCCGAUGAAUCCAGACCUUCGUCAGGGUCAUCUGAAGGUCACAUUUGUUAUAUCAGAUAAUGCAACGAAGACAUUCCCUUUACACAUCCUAGACACGGACUAUGACAGAUGGGCCGUCGUAUACUUCUGUAGAGACCUGCUACAUCACCACGAGACGUCAGGGUGGAUCCUCACCAGAGACCAGAACCUGGACAAGAUGAAGGACAGGAAGGUGAUCCUCAGGAAGGUUGAAAAGGUUUUAAAAAAUGCGAGGCUGGAGACUUCUAAAUACACCAAAACUGUUCAACAGAACUGCGCAGCCUCCACGCAGUGAGUCCAGUGUCAGUGAACCUACUUGAUGUACACUAACUUAACUGUGACUGAAUCGUGUAAUACAGUGAUGUGUAUUCUAGUACAGUUACUGUAUUUGUAACCAAUCAAAGUUCCUUUGUUAAUUUAGCCAAAAUAAUAAUUUGAUCAUAAAAAUAUUAAAUCGUUA